UCUUCAUAUACUUCCGGUUGCUUUUCACAUGUAAAAUUAUAUCGUAUAUAUUUUAUACAUCUUAUUUAUCUGUAAAAGAAAAGGAAGUGAUCAUUAGAGAGGGUGAAAAUACCAUACAGACAAUUAAUAAAGUAUGCGGUUCAAAUGGGCUCCACAGGCAGCCAGAUUGUUGAAUGGAGUGUUUUGUGUAUACAAACCAGAAGGAAUGCCAGAGAAAGUUCUUAGACAGAAAAUACAAGCCAAUUUAGCUAGAGAUUUAAAUGCACUUCCAUGUUAUAAAUAUGAGCAGGUGAAGAAAAAAUCUACAGAAUACCAAACCAAAGAAUACUCACAUGAUUUGAAUGACAGUUCUCAGUUACAGGUGGCCACAGAAGAAGGUCAUAGUUCAUAUUUUACUCCUACAGUGACCACACUUCCAUCAGUCUGUGAAGAUAUCACUGAACAUAGGCUUGUUUUAGGUGACAGAUAUAUUCCAGAAGAUUUUAGAAUCUCUUACGUGGCAGGACUGCAUCAUAAAUCUUCAGGAAUUGUGGUAUGUGGAAUAGGCUCAGCUACUAGAAACAAAGUUCCAUUACUCAAAUCAGCUCAGUUUCUCAGAGUUUACCAUGUAAAAGGAAGAUUUGGGUAUUGUACACAUGACUUUUCUUCAGAUGGACCACUCAUUGAAAGGACAACAUUUCAUCAUAUAAAUAAAGUACUGGUGGAUAAAGUAUGUGCAUCUAUCCAGGCAAAUCAUCAAAAACAAUUAUUUGAAUAUGCAGGUGUUCAUCCACAGAGUGAUGAGGCCUAUCAGAUGGCAUGUAGAGGUUUAGUAAGACCAGACACUCGUGACACACCACCUAUGAUCUAUGGUGUCAAGUGUAUACAUUUUGAUCUUCCUGAUAUCACACUAGAAAUUCAUGCCAUAAAUGAAGAAAGUGUGUACCUAAGCAAAAUAAUUCAUGAUCUUGGACUAAGAUUGAAAUCAUCAGCAGUGUGUCCACAGGUUCGCCGUAUCAGGCAUGGACAUUUCACUGUGGAAAGUGCAUUAUUACGGAAAGACUGGAAAUUAGAAUCUAUUCUGGAUAAUAUAAAACUUUGUGAGGAAUAUACAAAAUCUGAUAAACUUGUUUCUGAUUUUAAUAUUGAACAGUCCAGUGACGAUGUGAAACUAUUACCUCAAAGUAUUUCUAGUGAAAUUAGUCAGAAUUCUCUCGUUGAGAAAUGUGAUAUAAUAGAGAGUCACACACUACAAAAAGUAAACAAUUUGUCAUAAUACAUAUUUAUGGUAUAAUAAUUUUAAAAUUGUGAUAUAUUGUUUAAGACACAGAACCUUCAUUAUUGGGGCACAUAGUUUUUUUUUCCUUUUAAGGACUCCCAAUUUGUCAAUGCUAUUUAAAAAAAAAUAUUUCCCCCUAGUUUUCAAUUGAAAUUAGCUUCUUUCUAAAAAAAAAAUCAUUGUUUUUCAAGAAAUUCUGAAUUAGAUACUUAACUUAAGUUCUCAAAAAAUGUGAUUAGCCUUUUGCCACAAAAAAAUGAAUGUGUGAUGCCUACACACAAAGGUGUAAGUUAUUUGUGGAUUUGAUAUUAUUCAGAUGUGAUGGAUGAAUGAAAUGGUAGUGUUACAUUAAGAGGAUGUAAAUUUGUGAAAUUGAUUAGGUUUAAAUCAGAUGGAUUUAUGUACUGAUAGUAAUAGUGCUUAGAUAAUAUAGAUUUGUGAAAAUAUUUUUUUUGGUGAAGAUCAUGUGAUCUGAAACCUUUAUUAGUUAUAACUUUGAUACCUGAGAAUCAUAGUAGCUUAGAAUACUGUUAUGUUGAUACUGUUGGAUAUAGAAGAUA